AUGCGUAUUUUUCUAUUGUGUAUCGCAGUCAUUGAACUAUUCUUAACAAGGAUCGUUGAUGGUACAUAUCGAUAUUCAUCAGCACGUUAUACCAGUCGAAGUUAUUCAAGUGGAGCUUCAUGUUCAACUGAUCAAUGCACAUACAUUGCUAUCGGAGUCGGAUGUGCAGCUGAUGCAAAUGUUGCUGCUAGUUGCCGUAAAAUUCCGUUGUCAUGUAUUCAUGCUGUUGUACAAGUUUACAUCUAUUUGAAAGCAGCCUGCUGUAUUUAUAUCAAAGUUACAUUUUCUUAA